GGGAGCUCCCACCCGGGUCUCGCACGCCUGUCGAGUCGGGGAGGUGCCACUGCCGCCCGUGGUUGUUGUUGGUGCGCCGAGAAACUCCUCCCGGAGGACAUCAUCGGUCAGGCGUGCUCCGAGCGGUAGCUCAGGUGGGCUUUUUGGCUCCAGCUGAUCCAGCAGCUCCAGCUGAUCCAGCUCCAGCAGCUGCUGCUGCCUGGGCUCUGUGUCCGCGUGUGCUGGGGUGUGUGUGGUGGGGCCGGCUUCAGGUGUGUCAUCGUUGAGCAGCAAGGAUGUCAGACGAGAGCAGUAUGGAGAGCGAGAAGAACAGCAUGGAGGAGGUGCAGAACGUGAACAACAACAACAUCGUCGACAAGACGAAGGAGGACGACGCUCAAGACGAGAACGACAGCACCAAAGGUUACGGCCUCAAUGUACGAAGAAUCAAAAACAUGUUCUCUGUGGACUCGGACCCACCAGAGCCAAAGAGACCUGUGCUGGCACCACGGCCGUGGUCUGCUUUCAUGUCGAGGUCGAGCGUCGUGAUGGAGGCUGCGAGUCCCAACGGGAGGCACCGCAGCACUGGCGGUGAGGCCGUUUCGCCGUGUCACUCUGAAAAGAAAUUCUGCGGUACAAAAAAGAUUUUUGAAAGCGGCACAACCACAACACCCGCGGCCCUGCCUUCGCCUGUUCCGAGGGAAAGAAUGACUCCCUUGCCCCUUUCGACAUCUUAUCCUGAGGGGAAAGACACGUUGGAUUGCUCCCCUGUGAGCAGUAGCUGGCGAUCGUCGCCCGGUGCUCAGUCCGUGUCUCCCAAGACAGAGUUUGCGAUGCCCACCGCACAAAUUCGAAAGUCAAGUGGAACUGAAAGUCUAGGUGAUGACCCUGCACGCGAGCGCAGGAAAAGUGACAAGCCCGCGCCCAUAUUUGGGCACCAGGUGAAUGCUGGACCGAUGUCCAAAAGAUUGGAAAGAUUUCUUCAAGAUGAUGAUGAUGAUGAUGACGAUGAAGCUGAGGACGUGUUUCACGCUGAAGAAAAGGAAAAGGUAAUUAAACCGGAGCUUCGUCACACCAGGGACAAAGGACCUGUGGAGAGUAACAUUUCUCCGGUCCUUCAGCCUCAAAGCUCAUCUUCCCCACCGAUCGCACAAAAACCAGAGAUUCUGCCACGGGUUGCAGCUACUUCCACAUUCGCGUCACGUCCAGCAAAGGUCUUAACUUCACCGUCCGCUGCUUCAACGUCGCCAGUUUCUGGCUCUGAGUCACCAGUUGUCGACAAGCCUUCGCCAACUGUGAUGAAGCUAUCGCCAACCGUGGUGAAGACAUCGCCAACAGUGGUGAAGACAUCACCAACUGCAGGUUUGCCAGCAGUAGCUUCGUUCAAGACAUCACCAACGUCUAUUUUGACAUCGUCGACUUCUGUCCUGGCGUCGCCAACGGAAGACGAGCCAAGAUUUGGACAACCACCUAUAAGUCCAUCUUCACGGGAGUCGUUCAAGAGAGCGAGGCAGUUCAGUUUAGAGUGCCCGAGGCCUUUCAGAUCACAGCACGACAGCCAGGGCGUCCGCUGGAGUCGGAUAGAGGUGCCGCUUUCUCCAACGGCCAUGGACACCAGCGGUGACUUUGCAUCAGGAUUUCCAGCAACCGAUCUAACCACAGCAGUUUCAUUUGCCCAGAAGACGUCAGACACAACAAAGGUGAUCUCGCCUAAAAGUAAGGGAUUCGAAACAGACCUGGCUUUUCCGAAAAGAAAGAUAUCCGAAGCAAAAACUUGUGCUGCGUCUGAGACAAAGAUCGUGAAGACAGAAAUGGAUUUGCCUGAAUGCAAGUUACCUGCGGCAGACACGACCUGGGCUCAAACAAAGACAUUGGAAACUGAGAUGACGUUAUCUGAAAAAGAGAUGUCUAAGAAAGAGGAGGCUCUGCCAGAAAGUAAGGUGUCAGAAACAGAUGGCCGUCAUUUUAAGAGCAAGGUAUCAGAAGCAGAGGCAUCGGUCAUUAAAAAGCACCCCGAUGUGGAAACUUACUCUGUCACUGGGGUGGACGCUAAGGUGGAUCAUGUUCGCAAAACGUCUCCUGGUGUCUCGUGUGCAGUAUUUGAACAACAGCAUUUUAUUAGCACAGAUGCCACGGCAGAGGCAGGUCUUAAACAAGAGGCCAUGAAAGACAAUGACCUAAAGAGUGCACAUAUCCUGGACAAAGUCCAGGCUAGAUCCACAUACUUUGAAAUCACAGCUGACAAACCGGUGAAAAAAGAUGACAAGCAAAAGCCCUUUAAAAGCAACAUCAUGCUUUCUGAAGAAGUAGAUACUGCUGCAAAAAUCAUUCUAGAUGAGAAAAUGCAUGCACAGAAAGAACUCCUCGAUGAAGAAGAUGGAGAUUUUACUUCGAUUGUAGAUGCCCACGCCCAGCUUUCAAACGUGUCCGAUACUCCUGCAACAAUGGUCAUUGAAAGUAAAAUGCAUGCGCAGAGGGAGGUUAUUGACGACUCUGAUGAUGAUGAUGAUGACGAGGAAGAUUUUACGAUGGCUGUAGAGACGCAGAUUGAGGUCAGCCGAGUAGAGACGGCAGCCCACGCGGUAGAUUUGAAGAAACCUAGCCGGGUUUGCUUGCAGAAGAAGACCAAGGCCUUCGUCGAUGGAGACACCGAGUUGGGGCUUGGGGUCGAAGGUCAUCGAGCAGCACAAGAACUCCGGGGAAAUCUGGAGCCUCAGCUGUUGGUCGCCGCCGCACCGACCCACUCUGCGAAGAGCUCAAUCAGGGUGCAGGAGAUCCCCCCGGCGGCUGAAGAGGGGCGUCGAGAUGCGGUUCUUCCAGUCGUUGCGCAGACUCGCAAGCCGGCGGUGGUCGCAGCAGAUCUGGAAUCGUUUCCAGUGGAGCUGGAUAAAGGCCCCAAAGGUCUUGGAAUCGGCAUCCUGGGGAGAGGCCCCAACCCCGAAGAGCAGAAUAUCCACGUGGCGGCUCUGCUGGACGGAGGAGCUGCCAAGGUGGACGGCAGGAUUGACGUCGGUGACCAGGUGCUGGAGGUGGAUGGCGUGAGCCUGGUGGGCAUCUCGGAGGAGUUUGCAGGCACCUUGCUCAAGAACACCAUCGGCCGUGUCAAAUUGCUCAUUGGCAGGCAAAAGUCUUCUGCAACCAAGCCCAAAAGUCCAUUGGCUCGGGAGGCUCUGCACGAGGAGCCAGAAAAAAAGAAGGAAGCUGAGCAGAAAGCGACAACAAAGGUUUUGGAACAGCAGGCCGUCCCAGAGCAGUUAGCAGAACCAAGAAUCAGGUUUCCAGGGAUUAUAAAUGUGGAGCACGAUCAAAUAAAAGCAGACCUCUCUAAUCUGCGCCAGCCGCCAAGCGUGCAGGAGGUGCCAAGUGCAGAGCUGGGCUGGCACAGGUUGGAGGAGUCGGAGAUUAGCGUAAAGCAGUUGCCAGGUGUGUUCCAGCCACAGGUGGUAGACCACAGGGAAAUCGUAGAACCAGGCACAGCUGAGCAGGUGGCCCCAGAGGAGCACACAGCAAAUGAACAGAUUGCCAGCAACGCUGCAAGCGAUUUCCACGACACGCGUCAACCCCACCUUGCGGUUUGUCCAGUGGCCACGUUUGACUAUGAGCAGCCCAGCACCGUGGUCACGGAGGAGGCCACGGAGAAGAGCAGCACGGUGAGCUGCACGUCGCAGAUUCCGCUUAGUUUCAGCGAGUCCAGCUUUGGGACGAGUGUCCUAAAAAGCGAACGAGCGGCGCUUGUUCCCCAGCCGAUUCCUUGCGACGAUUUCCCAUCUCUUCUCGGAGGCUUGAAGCAUGCAGCUCGGCAGGAACCAGAGCACGAGGCAGUUGAGCAAGACGUGCGAGGCCGAGAUGAAGACUCAAAUCUGGAACACCAGACAAAAUACGUGCAGGCCUGGGGCUUACAUUCGGUGGGAGACGAAGAGGAGGACGAUGACAGUGCCGCAGAGCCGGAAGAGCCGACCGUCCCGCAGCGAGGCGCGCCGGAGAGCCGCGGCGAGCAGCAAGGCUGGGACACGGUGCUCGAGGAGAGAGGGGACGACGGCCAAUCAAGCGAGCCUGAGGGUGACAACACCGCCACCAAGUUGCACUUCACAAAGGUCUCUGUGGUGGAGUCAUCGUCGUCACUUGAGCUGCACGGGGAGACUUGGGGCCCCGGCGAGGGGGAGUUGAAAUGGGGGAGCGGAAGGAGCUUGGGCAGCGAGGAGGACGAGAGCGGCGAGGAGCGAGCCCUGAUGGAGCUCGCCGAGGACCGCGAUGGCGUGAAGGAGCGGCUCAGCGAGCGACUGGAAAAAGGACUUGUGUCGCGUUCUCCACCACCAGCUGGCUCUCAUGACCACAGAGAGAAGGCGCUGCCUGCGGAGCGUGUGGACAGUACAGGAAGCCCUGGCGCGCCUGCCGAGCACGCUGCCCAGUCCACCCCUCUCCUGCGUGACGUCGCACUUGGCACGGUGCAGCAUGGUCUGCUGCCGCGGACGUCGGAUGAGGGCCCGUUGGAUGAGGGCCCGUCGGAUGAAGGCCCGUCGGAUGAGGGCCCCUCGUUUUCAGCCGACCCCGAGUCCGUCACCGACGCACGCGACGUCCUCUCCAAGACGCUGCUGCACAAAGGCCUGGCGGGGGACCAGGCCCCCGAGCCGUCUCCCUGCAGCUCCGACGAGGAGCCCGAGCCCGUGGUCCUCAAACCGCCGGCCGAGGACGACGAGAGCAAGUCCGCCGGCGAGCCCGAGGCCGAGGCCGGCGACGGAGAUGGGAAGAAGGCCGAGGAGCCCCAGGUCUCGUUUCUCACCGCCGGACCCGCCGCCCUUGCCGCCGAUGAGGAAGAGGAGAAGUUGGACACCAAAGCGGACGCCAAGGCAGAUACCAAGGCGGAUGCCAAAGCAGACGCAAAGGAGGACGCCAAAGCGGACGCCGAGGCGGACGCCCAGGCGGACGCCGAGGUGCCCGCGGAGGAGGAAGACACCCGGGAGACGAUAGACGGUGAGAAACGGGAGAAGCCGUGUGGGCCCGCCGAGGAGGGAGAGGAGGAGCCCACGGGGCCCCUUGCUGAGCCUGACGACGACGACGACGACGAGGAGAAGGUGAAGGAGGACAAGAGCGCGGCGGACGAGGCAGAGGAGGACGACGCAGAGAACGAAGCUGAAAGAGGAGGAGCCGGCGAGGUGGAUGUCCCGGAGACGCCUGACACCGGGACAGAAGAGCUGGAGGGUGGGCUCGACUUCUCAGCCGUGGUGCCGCUCACAGAGAGGCUCGACACCAGCGCUCACAAAGCCCGCGCGCAGCUCAUCGUCAAAGCCAAGCGGCAGAGACCCUCACGCGGGAAACUCCGCAAGACUGACAGCGAGGUGGCGGAGGAAGAGCUGGAGUCCACGCCGUCCUCCCCGGCCACGCAGACCGUGGUGCCGGGAGCGGCCGAGACGUCGUCGCCCAGCCAGCCCACGGAGACGCCCAUCGAGGCAGCCAAGUCCACCUCCCUGGCCUCGCCCGUCAGCCCAGCGUCGGAUGCUCGUACUGGAGACGAGGACAAGGAUGCUGGCUUCUCCAGCCCAGGAGAAGGACCCGAGGACACGCCCACCAGCAAAUCCCGGCUCAAGUUCCUCGACAUAGGGGCCUCGCUGCGGCGAUCGGGUCGAGGGAGGAAGUCUGAGAAAGACCAGCGAGCAUCGACGCUGCCCAGAGAUGGAGGGGACGCGGAUGGCGGUGUGGCUGUGGGGCCAGACAUGGCCUCCUCGUCCUGCAUGCCCUUCCUCUUCACUCGCAAGGGCUCCUUCUCUUCCACCAGCUCCGCUGAGCCGGGCUCCGUGAACGCCAGCCCUGAGAAGCGCCGUGCCAGGGCCACUCUCUCCUGGCCCUCUGUUUUCAGCCGAACCUCGCUGGAGACGGCAUUCAGUGGGGAAUUCAGCCCCAGCAGCACGAGUUCGCUGGAAAUGCCCGGUCUGGUGGCAGAGUCCAGAGUCAGGGGCCGCUCACACACACUAACCCUUUCCUCUGAGGAGGGCUCCGAGGAAGCGCUGCAGUCGCCCGCGAAGCAGCAGCAGUGGGCGAACCGCACCGUGCCGGAGUGGACGCCUGAGCAGGUGUCCCAGUGGCUCGCGCAGCUCGGCAUGGAGCAGCACGUGGAGGCCUUCACGACACAGGGCGUCGACGGCAAGCAGCUGCUGCAGCUCGACAGCACCAAGCUCAAGGCCCUGGGCGUGACGAACCUUGCGGAGCGCUCCAGCAUCAAGAAGAGGCUGAAGGAAUUGAGGACGGCGAUGGAGAAGGAGCGCAAGGCGCAGGAGAAGAUGGAGCGGCAGCGGGAGAAGCUUCGCAAGAAGGAGGAGGAGCAGCUGAGGAAAUCUCAGAGAGCCAGCAAAGUGGGCGAGGAGUCGCCUGCCACUCAGUAACACUGCGUCAGUGCGGGGGGUGGGGGGAGUGGGAGGGGGGGAGGGCAAGUGCUGGAGCGCUGCUUCGGCCAGGCUGAGCAGCCGCGCCAUUGUGAUCGUGUUUGCCCGGGAAUCGACUAGACUCACCGGGCACUAAAAGAACACACACCCCGGGCUCAGUUGAGAAGCAGUUGCGUGCGCAAAACAACAACAACAACAACACUACUGCGAGUGUGGGAGAGUCCUUUGCAUUGACACUCGUGUAAAGAAAAAUAUAAUAUUCGUAGUACAGUUAUACAAAAAUAAACCUCAGAACAACUUUAGGAGGCUCAAUUGAAUUCUACUCAGCUGUGACUCACCCAUUGUAGAGUGCUCCGGGCACUGUGACGCACAGCCGUUGCUAAAGAGUAGUUACCGUCCAUUGUGCAGUGGAGGAGCCCGAACGAACAUCAGCUUUACUGCAGUGAUCAGCAGGUAGUCAUUUUCCUUGCACCCAGACCAACCUUCGCAUCUUCUUCAGCAGCCAGUCCGUGAUCCACUACCAAAGUCGAUGCCGUUGAAAGCGGGGGCAGGGGGGUAUUAAAAAUCUGAAAUGCCGCGUACUGCUGGAGGCUUGAGAAUGCAUCGUAGAGUUAGUGGUGAACGCCAAGGCAUCUGGCGGUGGCAGGCAGUGAGGUGGCACGGCACAAAGGGUGCACUGACCUGCACUGCCCCGUGUUGCUACCGUGAUGCACGGAGUGUUUGUAUACUGUUUUUUUAACUUAAAGCAUAUUUAGGUUAUGGUGAUAUUUCAAAUGGGGUAUUUCUCACAACAUUGUAAAUAUUUCUACUAAACACUAUAUGCAGUGUUUGCAUGUUUUACGUAUUCAUUAUGGCAGGUUCUCUUUAAUUCUAUAUUUUUCAUUUUUUUUGUUUAACAUCUUUACUUUUUGGUGGGUUUCUUUCAGAGGUGCGACGCUCUUUACGAGGCUUAGACGCGAACAUGAAUCUUGAAAAAAAAUCGUGUCGGUUCAGAUUUAACGCAAUUACUUUACGUAAAGCCAGAACAUUGUACAGACUCCCGGAAGAAGAUGGGGGUGGGAGGGGGGAGUGCUGCGUUCCAACUCUGCAUGCCGGACAGCACCGGUGGCACAAUCGACAGCGCUGGGGUCCUGACUCCCGAGCGCAGUUGCAGCGAGGACUCGUGCAUUUUUGCCCAAGUUUCUCAUGGAUUGGCACCCGGUUACACUUCGAUUUAUCACAUACAUGGUGGUGGUGGGGUGGGGGGAGUGGCGUUUUAACGAGUGUGAGACAGUAUCUUGGUGACUCGGCGAUCCUCAAACUCUGGCACCUCGUGCUACAGAAUGAUCUGACGUUGCCCAUUCCUGCCGUUUUUUUUGCCGCUCGGGGGCAAUUUGCCCUCUUGCUCAACAUUGCACACUAGAAAUUAUGGAUGCACGCGGAUGCUUAAAUUCUGAGGCCUUUGCCGUCACGGUGGCCUCACGCUCUUGUGAAAACCCUCUCCUUGUGUGGUCAUGUGAUCUGCCCCUUGGUGCAGUGAUGCAUGCAGGUGCCCAGCCCAUAAAUUCAUAAGUUUUCCCAUUCGUCACUGAUGAUGACCUUGAACUUACUCCUUUGUUUUUCUUUCCCUUAACAAAACAGCAUAUUGCAAAUAACAGGUUACAUUGACAAUAAUAUUGAUAGGGGUUUUUA